GCGCGAUAAUCGCGCGCCGAGUUAAAGUGGGAGAUUCGUUGAUUGCGAGAACAUCGCAAUUGCAUCGAAUUAAUUGUCCCAAACGGAACCAAGCAGGAAUAGAUAAUACAAACGAGGAAAUACCACAUUGGGUACCACGUUGACGGAGAAGCUGCGCUCCGCGCGUUUGCGAAAGAUCCAUUUGCGCGGCGUCCGCGCAAUCGAUUAAAUCAAGAUAUACGUAUAUCUUCGCGUUCGACAUACUGCAUACGACUGAUAAGAAUUGAAUUCUCGGGCCGAUGUUAGCGUCGCGGGCCUCCGCCGCAUACUCUGUUGUACACCUCGACACGCGCUGGUCAGUCCGGCAUACCUAGCGCAGUUUUGUACAGUCAGACGUUCCCUCUGAGACCCACGACUGUACCCCGACGAGGGACCAUCGACUGGACUAGAGGAAGGUCACGACCGACGAAAGGACACCACUUUUGUCAGCGAGUGGUCAAGCCAUGUCCAAUGAAAAGAUUGGCACUUCACAACAGACCUUGGUCUCUUCUAAUGGCCAAUUUGGUCGAGCUAAGAGGUUUCCACAAUAUCUGGCAGGCGUAGCAGCGACGCUCGGCGCUCUUGCUGCUGGUAUGGUGCUCGGUUGGACAUCCCCUGCCGGUGAAAAUGGUGUGAACCUGGCGAAAAAUUAUGACAUAAAGAUAUCCACAUCUGAAUUCUCCUGGAUAGGAUCUCUCGCUACUCUUGGAGCGGGUGCGAUGUGCAUUCCCAUCGGCAUAAUAGCGGAUUUAAUCGGAAGGAAGACUGCCAUGUUAAUCAUGGUAGUUCCAUUCACUAUUGGUUGGCUUCUGAUUAUCUUUUCAAACUCAGUACUUAUGUUCUACUUUGGUAGAUUCAUUACCGGCCUCAGUGGUGGAGCAUUCUGCGUAGCUGCUCCUUUGUAUACAGCAGAAAUAGCCGAGAAUGAGAUCCGCGGUACGCUUGGCUCCUACUUUCAAUUGAUGCUCACAGUAGGUAUCCUGGCCUCGUACGUUUUUGGAGCCCUUAUCGAAAAUAUGAAGACCCUAUCGAUUAUUUGCGCGGUCAUGCCGCUGAUCUUUUUCGUAAUAUUUUUCUUCAUGCCAGAGACUCCAGUGUACUAUUUGAAGAAAGGCAAUGAGGAGGCCGCCAGGAAAAGUUUGGUCAAGUUUCGUGGCAAUGAAUAUAAUAUCGAAGCUGAGUUGCAGGCGCAUCGUGAAGCGCUCGAAGAAACCAGACGGAGUGGUGGGUCAUUCUUCGAUUCAAUCAAAACUCCAGCGGCCAAAAAGGGCUUCGUCGUCGCUUACGGAUUGAUGCUCUUCCAACAAAUGAGUGGCGUGAACUCUAUCAUUUUUUAUUCUUCAGACAUCUUUUCCGGAGCUGGAGAUGCUAUUCAGCCCAACAUAGCUACCAUCAUCGUGGGAGCGGUGCAAGUAGUAUCAGUUUUCCUCGGUACUCUUGUUGUUGAUAAACUGGGUAGAAGGAUCUUACUUUUAACAUCGAUUACAGUGAUGUUCCUGAUGACUCUGCUUCUUGGAAUUUACUUUUAUUGUCUUGAUCAUACCAAGGCCUUUGAUGACAUUACGUGGUUUGCACUUAUUCCGUUGUGCACCUUUCUCGUAGUGUUUUCCAUAGGCUUUGGACCGAUCCCGUGGAUGAUGAUGCCGGAGAUCUUUGCGCCAGAGGUGAAAGGAAUAGCUGGGAGCAGUGCUUGUCUAUUCAACUGGCUUAUGGCUUUUAUAGUCACCAAAUUUUAUUCUGACAUGAAGGAGGCCGUACAAUCCUAUGGCACUUUCUGGAUAUUCUCUUUGUUCAGCGCCGUCGGCACUUUAUUCGUUUACUUCUUAGUUCCGGAAACGAAAGGCAAAACAUUGGAUCAAAUACAAAGGGAGUUGAAUGGUUGAUCAGAAGUUAAUCAAGAAUUGACUAAAGACUGUGGCAAGCAGGAGAACAUACAUUGUACAUAUUAAAGUAC